AUGUCUGCCUUACGUUUUAGUAAAACAAGACACUGUCUAAUUCAAUUUCUUUUUUUUUUCUCUCUCUUUUUUUUAUAUAGUUUACAUGAAAAUAAAGCUAAAGGUACUUUAAGUAUAUUUAAACGUGAACGAUGCAUUGAAACCUCAUCAUGCACACUAGAUGAAUAUGACAAUAAAGUAAGUGAUUCGUCAUCACAACAACAAACUCUUCCAAAUCAAUCAAGUUGUUAUACUGACAAGUCUACAUUAUUCACCAUAGCUAAACACGACGACAGUAAUAAUAUUAAUAAUGAAGGAGUUGAAUUACAUCAGAAGAUGGAUAUAUCAGCUGGAGUUGAUUAUUGUUAUUAUCCUAGUAAUUCAAUUAAUAAGCAUAAUAGUGAUGAUGGUGGAGCAAAGAAUCCUGAUAAUGAUGAUAAGGCAGUGCUACUACAGAAUACAAUAAAAUCAAUAUCUGGUAAUGGGAAACAGUUGACCAAUUCAGUUGUUAAUGUGACUAAUUGUGAUAAUGAAAUUGGUGAGAAUACGUCAUCUUUAUCAUCAUCGUCGUCGUCGUCAACCGCAACAUUUGAAGGUCAACAACCACCGCCACCUCCAGAACAACAACAGCAACAGCAACAACAACCGAAACAACAAAAGGAACAACAUUCUAUGCCACUUAUAACAAUUGCUUAGAUUGAAUUCAAUGGAAUCAAUGCUAUUUUUGUUUGUUUGAGUGGAUUCCUGAAUAGAUCUUAGUUUUGUACAUAGAUAUAUCUUUGUGUGUGUGUGUGUGUUUACUUAUUCUGUUGCCUUUGUUAAACACAUUUGGCCGUUGAACAUUGACUUCUUAAUAAAUUCAUCGGUUAGCUCUGUGGAUUCAUCGCAAUCUGAUCACACACACAUACACACACACACACAGGUGUCUUGUUCACCUGCUCACUUGACUGAUUACAGAGUAAUCGGCAUAACUACUCCAUUUAAUAUACUUGAGCGAAUUACUAUUGAAUUACUAUUAUUUUAUCUCCGUCAUUUUUGUUCUGUUUCGUUGCACUAAAAUCUCCUUGUUGUUCCUCUUGACAUGUGUGCACUAAGUGAAUUUCUUAAUAAAUGAAUACUACUACUGGUGUGUAAUUCCGAGAAAUGUACUCACAUCUCGUGAAAAAUUGUUAUAUUCUGUUCUGUUCUGUUCUGCUUUUUCCUCCUAAUUUUAUCGAAAAGCGACAACAGUAACAAGAACAACAACAACAACAACAACCCAUUUCAAUUAAUAAUUACCCCAAAUAAUUUCUUACAUUUUCUUAAUCUUAAUCUCUCCAGUUUGCUAGUUUCCUUGUUCCGCUUUUCUCUGUACACCACUUUCGGUUGACUCUUUGAAUUCCAUGUCAUUUCACACACAAGUGUUAGUGUGUGUGUGUGUGUGUGUGUGUGUGGGUGCUUCUCCAAAUUCAUGCAUAGAACUUAAACCAUCAAACUGUCUUGAGCGUUAUAUACAUGCAUACAUCACUAUUUUUGGAAUCCAAGUUUAAACUUAUUUUAUCUGUUUGCAUACACAUUGAUAGUUGAAAGCAAAGGCGGUUGGGGAUAGGUGGCGAAAUUAACUAACAUCACAUGUAAAUUUCAUUGUUUCUGUUUCUUUUCUCCUAGUUUUUCCUCCAUUGGCUUACACAAUAUUCACUUUCAUUUUGUACUCAAAAUUUGAUGAGUUUCAUCGAUUGUUGUUUUAUUUUUCUAUUAAGUAGCACUUGUAACGCC